GGCAGCACGUGUAAGGAAACGCCGGUGUGAGACUGUAUUUCUGGAAGCUUCCCGGAGACGCACGUGUGACCAGGAAGUAACCGCACUACACUAGUCCAGCCUUCAUCUAAUCCUUUCUGUAAACCUACCAGCUAACGUUACAUUGUACACAUUUGAGUAGCGUCAUGGCAGGGAGUUCUGUAGACCAGACAGACGCUUCUGUUACGGCCCCUGAUGGGGAGGAUAUUACCCCGAACAAGGAUGGAGGGGUGCUGAAGAAGAUCCUCCGAGCCGGCGAGGGAGACGAACUGCCUCUGGCUGAAGACAAAGUGUCCGUGCAUUAUGUGGGGACACUGACUGAUGGCACCAAGUUCGACUCUAGCCGAGAUAGGGACGACAAGUUCGAGUUUACACUCGGCAAAGGGCAGGUGAUCAAAGGCUGGGAUCUCGGCGUGGCUACGAUGAAGAGAGGGGAACUGGCUCGACUGAUGUGCAAUCCACAGUAUGCCUACGGAAAAAGAGGCAGUCCACCUAAGAUCCCAGAGGAUGCCACACUGAUUUUUGAGGUAGAACUACUGGACUUCUCUGGAGAAGACAUAAGUGAAGAGAAGGAAGGUGGCAUUGUACGGCGUGUCAUGAGUAAAGGUGUGGGAUAUGACAGACCAAAGGAAGGAGCAACAGCAGAAAUUCAUCUGUUGGGUACCUACAAUGGGGCUGUGUUUGAAGACAGAGAUGUACAAUAUAUUGUGGGUGAAACUGCUGGAGACAAUGGCAUUGUAAAGGGAGUAGACUAUGCUGUCACCAAGAUGAAGGCAGAGGAAAAGUGGAGAGUCCAGCUGAAAGCUCCAUUUGCAUUUGGAGCUGAAGGGAAGAAAGACUUGAACAUUCCUCCCAAUGCCCAGGUGGAGUAUGAGGUGGAGCUGAAGACUUUUGAAAAGGUGAAGGAGUCUUGGCAAAUGGACACUAAAGAAAAGUUAGAGGCCUCAGACAAAGUCAAGGCCAAGGGUACCACAUUUUUCAAGGGAGGGAAGUACAAGGAGGCUCUGACUCAGUACAAGAAGAUUCUGGACUACCUGGAGUUUGAUGCUGACCGGAUUGAAGAUGAUGAGGAGAAGACUCGUGCAGGACAGCUGAUGCUGGCAGCUCAUCUCAACCUGGCCAUGUGUUACCUCAAGACAGGAGAGCCAUAUGAGGUCAUCGACCACUGUAGUAAGGCUCUUGUGAAGGACCCUAACAACGAAAAGGCUUAUUUCCGCCGAGGACAAGCUAGAUUUACCAUCCGGGACUAUGAAGAAGCCAAAAGUGACUUUAAUGCAGUUCUGAAGAUUGAUCCCAAUAACAAGGCUGCCAAGAAUCAGGUGACAACCAUUCUUCAGCAACAAAAGAAGGAGAGGGAACGAGAGAAGAAACUGUAUGGGAACAUGUUUGAGAAGAUGGCUGCUCUGGAUAGUGAGGCGGACAAUAAAGACAGACAUGGUGACAAAUCCAGCAAACUAGAGGAGAGAAAGACAGAUGGGGUGGAGACUGAUACCACAGAUAACAACCAAUCAUCUGCAGGAGAUGCAUGAUGUAAUCUGACUAAAUGUACUGUACAUGUGUAGGACAAUCCUGUUACUGGAGUUAUUUAAUGUUUGCAGCAUACAAAUGUAGUGCUUAGCCUACCAAUUAUCCUGCACCACCAGGUAUCGUCCCAUUUGGUUCAUCUUUCUCCACAUGUCCAGGUCUGCUUAUAGUACAUGUAGCUGAGAAACAUUUCUCUGUUAUCUAAAGUGUCUAUGGUGAUUAGAGAUUAGAAACUAUUGCUAGUUUUAGGAAGGUUUGAUAUCACAUCACAUGUAAAAACAUUAAAAUUUCACACUGCUCAGUGUUGCUGAAAUGGACCGUACAACUGCUUCAAUUGCAUCAAGCAAGAUGUGGAACAAACAUACAUAGUGACUUUACUAACUCUUAGUCUGUCUGAUAUUAUUUUUCUGAUCUAUGUACAUAUUCUUGUACAUGUAUAUCAACAAUUUUUUUUUCUAUGAUAGCCUCGGAAUACAUGUAACUGUUACAGUCACGAUUGUGCAUAACGUGCAGUUAAGUAUAUAAUGUAUUGCUUAGAUUACUGCAUGCAUGACACUGUGUAAAAAGAUAUGCCUCAGGCCAUAUAACCAGCAACUGUUGUUUAUUUUUUUUAAUACAAAAUCUUAAUUUUGACUUAAUUUCACCACCACUUCCUUCAAAAUAAAGUUGAUUAUGAAAAUGUCA